CCGCCCGGGGCGGCGGGAGGAGGCGGCCGCAGACUUCCUCCUCCUCCUCCUCCUCUUCAUCCUCCUCCUGCUCGUUCUCGCCCUCCUCCUCCCGCCGCUGCCCCGGCCCCGCGCCGCCGCCGCGCCAUGUCCCGGGGCUGCUGAGGGGGACGUGAGGGACGCCAGGACGCCGGGAUGCAGAGCAUCAAGUGCGUGGUGGUGGGCGACGGGGCGGUGGGGAAGACCUGCCUGCUCAUCUGCUACACCACCAACGCCUUCCCCAAGGAGUACAUCCCCACCGUGUUCGACAACUACAGCGCCCAGAACACGGUGGACGGCAGGACUAUAAACUUAAACCUGUGGGACACGGCCGGCCAGGAGGAGUACGACCGCCUGCGGACGCUUUCCUACCCCCAGACCAACGUCUUCAUCAUCUGCUUCUCCAUCGCCAGCCCGCCCUCCUACGAGAACGUCAAGCACAAGUGGUACCCCGAGGUGUGCCACCACUGCCCCAGCGUGCCCAUCCUGCUCGUCGGCACCAAGAAGGAUCUGAGGAACAACCCCGAGACCAUGAAGCGGCUCAAGGAGCAGAACCAGGCGCCCAUCACCACCCAGCAGGGCAUCAGCCUCUGCAAGCAGAUCCGCGCCGUCAAGUACCUGGAGUGCUCGGCGCUCAACCAGGAGGGCAUCAAGGAUGUGUUCACCGAGGCCGUGCGGGCCGUGCUCAACCCCGCCCCGGCCAAGCCCAAGAAGCCCUGUGUCCUCUUGUGACGGGCGGUGAGAGACGAUCCUGCCCUGCCCCGGCCCCGCCGCCCCCGAACACCACGUGCCCCCCGAACACCACGUGCCCCCCGAACACCACGUGCCCCCCGCCCGCCCCGCUGCUCCCCAAGCCUCAGGGGACCGGGGCCGCCAGCCCGAAGCCACCAGCUUUAAUAAUACAGACCUCGUUUGCACUAACUGGCCGCCCGCCCUGGGGGCACCGGGGCUCCCCCAGCCCUCAGGACCCCCCGGCCCCGCGGGCCCCCCGGUCCUGGCUGUCGCGCUCCUUUGGGUGACGCCUCUCCGGCCCUGACACGGCAACGCUUCCUGAGAAGGGGGUGCCCGGGGUGGCCGAACCUGCUCCUGCCCUGAGCACCCCACGGGGACCUGCCAUCCCCACCCCUGCACCAGCAGGGGUGUGGGGGGACCCCCGGCCCCUCUGUGCCAGCCCCAGCGCGUGCCCACCCCGGAGCAUUUCACUGGCACAGCCCUGGCACGGCCUCGUCCUGCUGCAGGGGCAAUGCCAGGGGCUCCUGGGGGCUGUUUGGGGUGACCCCCACGCUGGGGAUGUCCGGCCCUGUGGUGAGCAGAGCUGGUGCAGCCGGAGCAGGAAUUCCUGUGCCGGAGCUCCGCAGGGCAGCGGGACUCUCCUGUAACCAGCUGGCCCCCGAGCUGCUUCUGAAAUAAAGACCCGCCCAUUUCCCCUG